AUGGCGCCAGUGAAGGUCAAGCCUGGCCCCAGGCCGGGCUUGGAGCGUAGGAAAAACUCUUGGGACAAACUACAGAAGAUCCAUGACAGGACGUGUCCGGUGGUCCUGGUCCGUGGCAGGACGUGUCCGGUGGCCCUGGUCCGUGGCAGGACGUGUCCGGUGGUCCUGGUCCGUGGCAGGACGUGUCCGGUGGUCUUGGUCCGUGGCAGGACGUGUCCGGUGGCCCAGGUCCGUGACAGGACGUGUCCGGUGGCCCAGGUCCGUGACAGGACGUGUCCGGUGGCCCAGGUCCGUGGCAGGACGUGUCCGGUGGUCCUGGUCCGUGGCAGGACGUGUCCGGUGGUCUUGGUCCGUGGCAGGACGUGUCCGGUGGCCCAGGUCCGUGACAGGACGUGUCCGGUGGUCCAAAUCCGUGCCAGGACGUGUCCGGUGGUCCAAAUCCGUGCCAGGACGCUGCGCAACUGA